UGCAUUUUACAACAAAGAAAUAACUGACCAAUUUUAAAUUUCCUUGUCUUUUGGGCUAUGUUUAGAUAACUAGAUAAAUUGUGUGUGCAUGUGUGUAUUUUUACUGGACAAGAGGUGAUUGGUGGCCUGGAUCUAUCACUAACAGGCUGAUCACAUGAGCUGGCCAUGCAGCAGCUGGAUGUCCCUCCAUGACCUGGGUUGAAUUGAAUCUGCAGUAGAGGAGUUGGCAGCCUUUUUCUUUCAUUCCAAAGCUAACGGAGUGUGUGCGGACUGAGGACAUGGCUCUGCUGAUGGAGCACCAGUUCAGACAGCUGCCCGCUGACAGACAGGUGGAGACAAGACCCUUUUUGGAGACUGUGUCAUACCUUCCACCAUUUUUUGACUGCCUCGGUUCAACUAUCUUUGCACCAAUCAAGGCAGACAUCUCCGGUAACAUCAUGAAAAUCAAGCAAGUUUACGAUUCCAAUCCGGGACGAUAUAAAACACUUCAGAUGAUCUUGGAGGCAGAGAAGGAAAUGCACGGAGCAGAAUGGCCCAAAGUUGGAGCCACAUUGGCUCUGAUGUGGCUGAAGAGGGGCCUUAAAUUUAUCCAGGUGUUUCUUCAAAGCCUGGUGGACGGUGAAAAGGACGACACCAACCCCAACCUCAUCCGAGUGAACAUCAACAAAGCCUACGACAUAGCCCUUAAAAGGUAUCAUGGCUGGUUUGUUCAGCAGCUCUUUAAGGCAGCUCUUUUUGCCACUCCCUAUAAGUCGGAUUUCCUGAAGGCCCUCUCCAAGGGUCGGGACGUCAAGGAAGAAGAAUGCUUGGAAAAAAUCCGAAAAUUCCUCCUCAACUUCACUGCCACCGUCGAGGCUAUUUAUGAUAUGUUUAGUAGAAUGAACGCUGAUCUGGACUACAAGGUGUGACAGAUGGAGAUGUCUAUUUUUUUCUUUCACUGAGAGGAUUCAUUCCAAACACUUUGUUUGCCUGUUUUAAAAUGUGAAUGCCUUUCAUGUUUCCUAGCUGUUUUUUGACUCUGGUAGUAUGAUUUAUAUUACUGACUCUAUACUUUAGACCUUGUUUUUUUGCAACUCAAAAAAGUGUUUUAACUCAAAAGUAUUAACAGGCAAAUUUCCUCACAAAAAUGAUUCAUUCAUCCAUUCAUUCAAAAACCUUCUAAAAACACUCCAGUGUGUCUCACAUUCAGAGACCUGCUCUGCUUCUUUCAGGCCAACAGGCAUAAACUCCAUACUCUUUUUAAUGCAGGCUAUUUAUUAUUUGAUUCAGACUGCUUAAAAAUAAUGUGGAGGUUGAACAGAGGAGACACUGCCCCUAAUAUUAAAUGGUUGAUUCUUUAAUAGUGGAUAAAUGUCACACAAAUAGGAUUAGAGAGUUUUUGUAGCUGAUAUUUAACAACAACAAACAAAACAAAUCAGAAAAUCUCAGAAGAUGGUUGACAUCAGUGAUAAACAACUGGUGGACAAUGCACCAUAACAAGCCCCUAAGUGCAACGUACAUGGCCCACAGGUUAAUAAACUAUUAUUUAUUAAUUAAUAAAUUAAUACUUGGGCACCAGUGACCCCCGUGACCCUGAAAGUAAGAAAUGGGUAUAGAUAAUGGUUGGAUGGGUAAAAAAAUAGACACAGUAAUCAGACCAGACCUGACAGCAAGAAAACCUACUGUUAGAGUUUUUUGUUUUUGAUUUGUUAGAGACCGUUUUGCAGAAGGAGCAAAAGUCAGAUGCAGGUGUUUUAACUACUAAAAAAAAACUCAUUUAUGUUUGUAUCUGUAAUAAAGCUAUGCUCAAAUGAC